GCAACGUCGGAAAGUCCAUCGAGAGCAUGAGAUUAAACCUGGAAAAGCGUCCGAAUUCUUUGUUUAAAAAGAAUGCCAAAGUGAGAGGUAAUCGUCCUCAUUUUGCAGGAACUGGAAGAUGGCGCUGCGAGAACAUGGAACUUUCCGGACUAGUUUUGACAGUUCGUUCGAUCGGGCUGCGGUCGUUGUUGUUUGAUCAUGGAAAAAGGAAGCGGAAGGUUUGGACUGUUCCUGAAUUUCAGGUUCUGAUCCUUGUUAUUCGAUCAAGGAAAAAGGAACCGGAAGGCUCCGAUUCGAUUGUGAAAAAGGAAGCUGACUGUCCGGACUGCUUCUGCUUUGAGUGUUGCCAUUCCGGGGCGAAGCUCAGGGCGAAUUCCUUCGACGGAUUAUUCCUUAUUUCUCCCAAUUUUCUUUGGGAUCACGACUUGCCUGUGGAAAUCGGGUGUCCGCUGUACAUUUGCGAGUUGCAACCCGGGAUGCCGAAAGGAUUCAUGCUGGCAAAUGGCGAUGGAACCAGGCCCGACAUACCUGGGGACAAAAAUAUU